CCCCCUUCCAGAGAGUUGAGACCUCCACUCACUCUGAAAUGGAGGAGAGGAAAAGACAUGCCAAUCAAGAUGAGCUUCUCGGUACAGAGUGUUGUUAUCGGUGACACGGUGCAUGUUGGUGGAGGUGAUGCAGGCUAUGAUCGUGACAUGUGUACAGUGAUGAAGCUCGAGCAAGAUCAAUGGACCGAACUACCAGAGUACACUGCCAAGUACUCCACUAUGACAUCACUCGCUAAUCGACUAGUGCUGGUGGGAGGACAGGAUCCAAGAAACAACAAACGCACCAAUCAGCUUGCAGUGUUUGAAUCAGGGGAAUGGACUCACCCGUACCCACCAAUGAACAUUGCUCGUGAUUCCUUAACAGCUGUCUCUUUCAACAACCACAUCAUUGUAGCUGGUGGGCGUGAUGAUGAAGUACGUACCUCCUCUGUGGAGGUGUUGGACGUGGCAUCAAAAAGAUGGUACAUUGCUCAGUCACUACCUAACCCACGAUCAGUACUGAAAUCGACUCUCAUAGGAAACACACUCUACCUAAUGGGAGGGUUCGAUCACAUUGGGGCAACCAAUACAGUGCAUCACGUCGACCUCAAUGAACUCAUUGCAAAGGCCCUUUCCAACCUGGACACACCCACUCUCUGGCAGACCUUACAGGAAGUACCAUUCAAGUGGUCAGCUCCUCUCAGUAUUGGGAGGUCACUAUUAGCCGUUGGUGGACAGGUCGACAGAUUCCACCUAAGUUCAUCGAUCCUCCUCUACCAGCCUGACACCAGGAGGUGGGUGGAAGUGGGAGACCUGCCUACUGCACAACUCAGCUGCACAUGCUCAGUACUUCCUAGUGGAGAGGUCAUUGUAGCCGGAGGAGAGACAGGUGUAUACACUCCAACUGUUGAUUUCUUCUCUAUAAGUGCUAAUUAGUUAUUU